AUGAAGUACAGUGAGAUCCCCGCCGAGCAGUUCAAAUUCGAGACCAAGACCUGGGAACCAACGGGCAACCCCGUCGCGACUGUGAUCUGGGUGCAUGGCUUCCAGGAAUACGCAGAACGCACAGCGCACGUCUAUGAACAGCUUGCAGCCUCAGGCAUCCAAGUCUUCGCCUUCAGCCAGCGCGGCUUUGGUCAUUCAGCAACAAAGGAGACGGCAGGUAUUACAGGUGGAUGGCCACAGCAGUUGCGAGACAUUGAUUACUUUGUAAAGACGAAGAAGCAGGCUGGCGUGCCACUCUACUUGUGGGGACAUUCCAUGGGCGGUGCACUCACGCUCAAGUACUGUCUCGAUGGCGAACACCGACACCUCUUGGCUGGCGCUAUCUCUUCGGCGCCACUCAUUGAGCAAGCACCGAGCGCAAAGCCCAAUUUCUUGGUGUUGCAGGCAGGAAAGCUUGCCGCCAAGUUCCUUCCAGACAAGCAGAUGAGCGUCGUCGUCGCGGUCAAGGAUUGUACCCGUGAUCCAGAAUUCAUCGCUAAAGGUGAAGCAGAUGAGUUGCUGAGGCCGUACGGCUCAUUGCGUGGCGUCGGCGACAUGCUCUCCGGCGGCGAAACACUCCUCCAUGAAGCCAACACCAAGCGCUUCACGACGCCAAUCUUGCUUGUUCACGGAUCUGGCGAUCUCGUUACAUCUUGUCCCGCGACAGAGCGUUUCUACAAGGCUAUCGCCAGUAGCGACAAGCAAUUCAUCGAGUAUCCUGGUGCUUAUCACGAGAGUGAGUCGACUUUCUCUUCUUGA